AUUUCAAGAUUUUACAUAUUUACAUAUUUAAAGUUUUUCUAUUAAUAUAUUGUAUUUUUUUUAGUUAGACCUAUUGUGGCUUAAACGAACAUACUUCCUAAUAGCGCCUUGUACAUCUUCUUUUGUUUUUUCUGAAAAGAGGUCUAAUAAAUGAUUAUUAAUAAUUGAGUCAUGCACACAUAUAAACUUCAAUUUCUUAAUAGGGGAAUCACACGUUAAAUGCAGUAUAAAAACUGGAAUGCAACGUGGUAAUGCAGUUAUAAAUUGGCGUUCAUUUGCUAACGAGCUUUUUAGCAUAGUGCGUCGAAUAAUUUUUUGUUCUAAUAACAAGUCUUAUUAACUUUAUUCGGUAUUUUUUAAAGUUAUCAUUUGGAAACUAAUUUCUAAAUAUGGAAAACCCGAAGCCAUUACAAGCAGUUGCGAUCGGAGCUGGUGCUGGCCUCCUAUAUUGGUGGUUUAGGAGCGGCUCCAACGAGCAAACAACAGUUGUAAUAAACAACUAUAAGGAAUGUGAGGACGCCGUGAACAUUUUACGAGAGCACUGCGAUGAUUAUCAUGUAGUUAAAGUUGGCGUCGCUCCACUUGACGACGCUGGGCGGCUUUCAAGGGAAUUUAACCUAACGACUGUUUCUACAUUAGAUUUGCGUUUUGUUGCCGUUCUUACUGGUAAAAAACCUGGUACUUUGGCUGCUAUGUAUGAGAGGGUGGUAGGCGGUACUCUAAAGUGUUUGGAUUUGUCUGCAAAUUGGCAAGCGAAUAAUCUGACACAAGAACAAAUUGACUAUGCUGCUGGUCAUGCCAACGCUGGUAUACAAAUAUAUACAACUCUAGCUCAAAAAGUGUCGGAUGUAAGCGUUUUCAAACAGUAUUACGGUCAGAGAUAUGAUCCGCAUCAUAUGUACGUAUGUUUAAUAUAGUGAUCGGUCUUUGUAUAUAUAUAUGUGUAUCUAUGGCAAAAGCUUAAAUAUAUAAUAUAUCAAGGCGAAUUUAUAGAAGGUGGUAUAGAAUACAUUUACAUGUACGUAUUUUGUUUUUGCAAUUUGGUUGCUCAUAUGUAUAUAUGUAUGUUUGUCAAAAUUCAAUGAGAAUGUAAAAAACAAACAAAACGUCAAUAAAGUAACAGUGCAUUUUAA